AUGGACCAGCCUCCACAAUACCUUCUUGUGUCGUUGCCCCAAUCGGCCAACUCACGUGCCACAUUGGAGCUGCAGCCUGGCGGAGGCCCACAGCUGCUUUCUGAAUUCAAAUUGCCCGACUUUCAGAUUAAAACGUUGGACCAGUUGGUUCAAAUCUCAGAGGAAUUGGCCAAGAUCGACUCGACUUUGGGCGGCUCGGUGGCAAAGGUUGUUGAUGUUUUGAACAAUGUCGAGCCAAACAGGCUGUUUGCCGAGACUAGGCAGGUGAACAAGAGACCUGUCACCAACUACAUUGAAUCCUUCUCGUGGAACACAUCCAAGUACAGAUUGGACAAGUCGAUCAAGGAGCUUGUGGAUCUCAUUUCACAGGAGGCCUUGCUGUUGGAUAACGACGUGAGACUGUCGUAUCAGCAGUACCAGACCGCCAAGUCAAACUUUGCUGCUGCGGACAGAAAACGCAAUGGUGACUUGUCGAUCCGUUCUUUGCACGACAUUGUCAAGCCAGAGCAGUUUGUGUUGGAUUCUGAGUACUUGACGACGAUCGUGGUUGCUGUGCCCAAAUCAUCGGUGGCCGAGUUCAAGAAAACGUACGAAAAAUUGACCGAGUUUGUCAUUCCCAGAAGCGCCCAGAACAUUGCUCAAGACUCUGAGUGGACUUUGUUUACAGUUACGUUAUUCAAAAAGUACCAAAACGAGUUCAUCACCGCCGCCAGAGAACAGAAAUGGCAUCCAAGAACAGACUUCACUUACUCUGAGGAGAACUUGAACGAGUUGAGAAAAGAGUUCGACUUGACGAGAGCCACCGAGGCCAAGACGAAGAACGAUGUGAUUAGAUUGGCCAAGACUGCCUACUCGGAGAUCUUCUCCUCCUGGUUCCACAUCAAAGCCAUCCGCAUAUACGUUGAGAGUGUGUUGAGGUACGGGUUGCCUCCUCAGUUUGACUCCUACUCCAUCAGGUUUGUGGGCAGCAACCCCGAACAGCAGUUGCAGAAGGCCAAGAAGGAGUUGAUUAAUAAGUUUGGCUACUUGGGCGGCGACGGCUUCUCGCAAGGGAACAAUUUGCAUGAGUAUGCAUCAUUGGUGGACUCUGAGUACGAGCCAUUUGUGUUGUACUCGGUCGAGAUUGUAUAG